CAUAGCGCAACGUAGAUUUCAGUUAGAUUUGAGAAACUGCUUGCUCAAAGAAUGAUACUGGAGUUUAAACUAAUGCUGACAUGUGUCUUAGUUUCUAGCGAGCCGAUUUUAAUGAAUCGCGAUUGAAAUUAAAACAAAUUUACAUGCAAAGAACAUCAUCUUGAACAAUCUGGUUUAACCAAUUCGAAUCGCUAGUAGCAAAGUGUUGGCGCUUGUAGUAUAUGCUAAGGUUCUCAGUUUUCAUGGCGUCAUACUUGGCUUCAUUGUCAAUCGGAAAUGUGAGGGAUACAGUGAUGAGUGGUUGUGCCAGCCAAAGAUCCUAUUGGAUUUUUUAGAAUGGCUAUUAUCAGUUUAAUACUUAUCCUGAUUACAUUCUCUUAUAGGCUGAUGUUGUUUUCCAAUGGAUCGCCAACACUUCUGUUUGUUACGCAAAAGGAUAUUAGAAUGGCCAAUGUCUCCCGUACUAAUAAAGUGACUACUAUUAUCAAAGAUCUCGCUGAAGGUGCUGCUAUAGAUUUCUAUUUUGAGAAGAAUUUAGUGUGCUGGUCAGACAGCGGUCUAGAAAUAAUUCAGUGUGUACAAACAAAUGGCACUCACACCAGCGAAAGAACAAUCGUCGUGAACUCGAGUUUGAUUUCUCCCGAUGGUUUGGCUUGUGACUGGUACACGGGAAAACUGUAUUGGACGGACGGAGAGAAAAACAGGAUAGAAGUGACUAGCAUCGAUGGCCAGCACAGAAAGGUCCUCUUUUGGACGGAUAUCUAUCAGCCGAGAGCCAUUGCUCUUGUGCCGAUGAAGAGCAUACUUUUCUGGACCGAUUGGGGUGAUAUACCAAAAAUAGAAAGAGCGGCAAUGAACGGGGAUCCAUCGACGAGAGAAGUGAUUAUUUCCGAUGAUAUAUUUUGGCCAAACGGUUUGACGGUGGAUUACGAGAACGAGCUGGUUUAUUGGGUGGACGGAAGACUAAGAUUUAUUGCGGUGAUGGAUUACUAUGGAAAGAAUAGAAAGAAAGUAAUAGAUCAAGGAUUGGAUUAUCCCUUUGCAGUAACGUUUUUCGAUCACAAAUUGUACUGGACCGAUUGGAAAACUUGGUGUGUACAUUCAUACGAUGUUCAUCAGACUCAGUCACAUCCUAGAGAAUUGCUGCAUGGAGAAUAUAUUCCCGGAGACAUAGAAGUUUGGGAUGUGAGAAGACAACCGCGCGGAAAUCAUCCUUGCGAGAAGAAUAAUGGCAACUGCUCGCAUUUGUGUCUUUUAAGCAUGACCGAGCCUGGGUACAGUUGCGCGUGCCCUACGGGUGUUAAGCUAAUAGAUAAUUAUACUUGCGCCGAUGGACCAGAGGAAUUAUUGUUAAUAGUUCAGAGGAAUGAAAUUUGUCGAAUUUCUUUGGACUCGCCGGAUUACACAAACUUCGUAUUACCGCUAACAGGUAUCAAGCACGCAAUAGCGAUAGAUUUUGAUCCCGUACAAGAGAUGCUUUAUUGGACGGACGAGGAAGCUUUCGCGAUUCGCAGAGCUUCGCUAGAUGGUUCUAAUCAAGAAAAUAUCAUAACGACGGAAGUUGAAAAUCCAGAUGGGAUAGCUAUCGAUUGGUUAGCUCGUAAUCUUUACUGGACGGAUACAGGAACGGAUCGAAUCGAAGUAGCGAGAUUGAAUGGAACAAGUAGGAAAGUAUUGAUAAACGAGGAUUUAAUCGAGCCGAGGGCGAUCGCGUUAGCUCCAGAAUUGGGAUGGAUGUUCUGGACGGACUGGAAUGAAAAGCGGCCGAAAAUAGAGCGCAGCAAUCUCGAUGGUACUGAACGUGUUCUUCUAGUAAGCAAAGACAUCGUUUGGCCUAAUGGAAUUGCUCUGGAUCUCGUAAGGUGGAAGAUUUAUUGGUGCGACGCAAAAACGGAUAAGAUCGAGGUAUGUAAUAUGGAUGGCACUGAUAGAAGGGAAGUAAUUACGGAUAAUCUUCCGCAUCUCUUUGGAUUAAGUUUGUUAGGAGAUUACCUGUAUUGGACCGAUUGGCAACGGCGUAGCGUAGACAGAGCGCAUAAACUUACGGGCGACGAAAGGGAAGUCAUUGUUGAUCAGGUUCCAAAUGUCAUGGGUUUGAAAGCGGUGCAUUUAGGAAAAGUUAACGGCAGUAAUCCCUGCACGAAGAAGAACGGUGGCUGCAGCCACUUGUGUUUAAAUCGGCCUGGGAACAAAUACGUGUGUGCCUGCCAAAUCGGAUACGAGUUAACGAAAGAUAAGAAAACGUGCGUCGUACCAGAUGCGUUUAUGUUGUUCGCAAGAAAAGAAAGUAUCGGCAGGAUCAGCAUCGAAAAUGCGAAUAACGAUAACAUCAUCCCGUUGACCGGAGUUAAGGAUGCAACCGCCUUAGAUUUUAACAUAGCGGACAAUCGAAUUUAUUGGACUGAUGUUAAGUUAAAAACUAUUACGAGAGCUUUUAUAAAUGGUUCGGAGAUGGAAAGAGUUGUUGAUCUUGGUUUAGAAACACCGGAAGGCUUAGCGAUAGAUUGGAUCGCUCACAAUUUAUAUUGGAGUGACACAGGAACUCGAAGGAUAGAGAUGGUUCGAUUGGAAGGCUGUAGUCGUAAGGUUCUUGUUUGGAGCAAUAUUAUCGAACCUAGGUGUUUGGCUCUGGAUCCCAACAGAGGCCAUAUGUAUUGGACAGAAUGGGGAAAUUCGGGGAGCAUAGAAAAAUCAUUUUUGGAUGGAACACACCGCGAAACGAUACUUCCUAAUAUCGGAAAAGCAAACGGACUAACGAUCGAUCACUCAACGCGAAAAUUGUAUUGGGCAGACUUAUACACGCCAGCUAUCGACAGCUUCGAUCUACGCACAAGAAAAGGGAACACGAUUAUAACCGAAAAUAUUGUUUAUCCAUUCAGUAUUACUCAGUAUCAGGAUUAUAUUUAUUGGACAGAUUGGAAUACAGGCGAUAUAGAGAGGGCUAAUAAAACUAACGGAGCUAACAGAGUGAAGAUACACGAUAAAGUAGAAUCUGUGACGGAUCUGCUGGUCUUCCAUGCGUCUAGGCAAGCAGGAUGGAAUCCUUGCGCGUUAAACAACGGAAAUUGCACUCACCUCUGUAUAGCUUUGCCUGGGGAGAACGAGAGCGUAUCCAAUUCUUCCAGAUGCGCGUGUCCUACUCAUUACAAUCUCGCAGAAGACAACAAGACUUGCAUUGCACCGCAGAGUUUUAUGAUGUACAGUGUACGCAAUGCAAUUUAUCGCUUUCUCCCUGACACCGACGACUGCCCAGACGUAGUCCUCCGAAUUCAAGGUUUGAAACACGUUCGAGCUAUAGAAUUUGAUCCUAUAACUCAACACAUUUAUUGGAUAGAUGGUCGAACUUCAUCUGUCAAAAGAACUUUGGAGAAUAAGACUCAUUCCAGUAUAAUGAUAUCUGGAAACUCUGGGCAUCCGGUGGAUCUUGCUCUGGACGCCCUGGGAAGAUUAUUAUUCUGGUCCUGCUCCGAAAACGAUGCAAUCAACGUAACGAAACUUGACAACGGUUCUGCGCUGGGCGUCGUAGUCAAAGGCGACGGCGAGAAACCGAGGAAUAUCGCGAUACAUUCGGAGAAGAGGCUGCUCUUUUGGACGGACAUCGGGAGAAAGAUGAGAGUGAUGCGCAGUAAAAUGGACGGGAAGGAAAGGAUCGUGAUAGCGACCGACCUCGAACAGCCGACGAGCAUCGCGGUAGAUGCAACGUCGAACGUCGUGUACUGGGCACACGGGAGUCAGAUCGAGUGCGCGGAGUUCGAUGGGAAGAAUAGGAGGACUCUGGUUUCUUCUGUCGGACAAGGAUCGACCGCUUACCUCUCUGUCUCCGGCGAUUUUAUUUACUGGUUUGACAGGGGAAUAUCGAGUCUCGAACGUAUUAACAAAUUUGGAAGUGACAGAAAAGCGAUCAUAAAUAAAGCACUCACUGACUUAAUUACGAUACGUACUCCACAAGAUGACGUGAUGAAGACGCACAUUUGCAGUCCGUUCCGCGAUUACGGAGGAUGUUCGCAUUUUUGUAUAGGAACCACAUCUUCCAGAUGCUCCUGCCCGAAAUCUUUGGUCUUAUCGGAAGACGAGAAAACUUGCAGAGCUGCGCCAGCUUGUGGUACAGAUCAUUUUACUUGUGCCGCACCUAACUCUGCGAUACCGAAAGAUUGUAUACCCGCGACAUGGAAAUGCGACGGUCAGACCGAUUGCCCCGACGGGAGCGAUGAACUAGGCUGUCCUGCUUGCAGUCGUGAUCAAUUUAAGUGUCAAAGUGGUCACUGCAUUGAUAUGUCCUGGGUGUGCGACGGAACAGCUCAGUGCCAUGACGGUCUGGACGAAGCCCAUUGCUGUCGUCAGGGCCAAUUCCAGUGCAUCGGAAACGGUGUUUGCAUCCCCGGUUCUCUCGUCUGUAACGACUGGGAAGACUGUGCCGACGGUAGUGACGAAUUCCCCUCUUCGUGCAGUCGCCCUGGUAAUUCGCGAGAUGGGCACAGUUCGUUAGAAUCCGGGAAAAUUGCCUACGUUAUUAUCGUGCCUAUUGGAUUGAUCGUGACGAUCGCCACAAUCGCUUUCGGAUUUUAUUAUUGCCGAAGGAAAUUCAUGAGCAACGAAGAGCUGCCCGAUAUCUUGCACGAUUCAGCUGGCGAUCCUCUGUCACCGAAACCGGCGAGGCUAGCAAAACCGAUGUUUGCGCAAAAGAACUGUAGAAAAGAUUUGAAAAUCGGAAUGGAGACUGUACGAAUGUCGAUGCUGAAUGGGAGUAGCAUAGGAUCUAGUUAUGAUCGGAGUCACAUCACUGGGGCAUCGAGUUCGACCAGAGGGAGCUCGACUGGGGGUUAUCCCCAGGAGACGCUGAAUCCUCCUCCGAGCCCAGCGACUACGGCCAAUUCUACGAGGUGCUCGAGCAGUAAUGCGUCCAGGUACAAACCUUAUAGGCAUUAUAGAAGCAUAAACCAACCACCGCCUCCGACUCCUUGCAGCACAGAUGUCUGCGACGAGUCUGACAGCAAUUAUCCUGCCAGGUAUCGGUACGAAAGUGAACCGUAUCCACCACCUCCCACCCCGAGAUCUGUUUACCAAAGCGACGCUGGGAUCAGUUGUCCGCCUUCUCCCAGCUCACGAUCCUCUACCUAUUUCAGUCCACUACCACCGCCUCCUUCUCCAGUUCCUUAAAUUUCUCGACGAUUGCAACGAUUUAGACUUAUUUUCAUUGAUAAAUUCUCAUGUAUCUUUUGAUAGAUGAAAAUUUAUAUUCUUCGAAGUUGUGAAACAGAGACAGAAACUUUUAAAUCGGGAUAUUGAAAAAUGUUUUAGUUGUUUGUAAUAAUUUUAUAAUUUGAUAAUUACGUUUUAUAAACUGAAUGUUGGAUAUUACGGAAUUUUUUUAGUAACAAAACUUUAUACGCGAUAGUUGUGUAUUUCUUGCCAAACGAAAUUUCAGAGUUUUAUUUGAUAGUUUUUCUUGUAACGUUAUCGAAGUUGUUUAAGCAAUGAUGUGCAUUUAUACAAGAACUUUUUAAUGCUUGUCUCUGUAAAAAGUUUAUACCAUUGUGCCUCUUAACUUUACAAUGUAAGUAAUUUCAAUCGUAAAAAAACUGUAAAUAGUGUAACGAUGUAUAAAAAUUGUAUAUGACUUUUAACGAUUAAGACAUACGUUGAUUAAAACAGGAGAUUCCUUUUCGCGUCUCUACUAUUUUUAGGUGUGUAAGACGAUAAUUAUAGUCUUACUUUUAAAAGUAUACGUACGAUAGAUAGCGAGUAAGGAAUUAAACGCGUAAAUUUCAUAUUUACAACUAAAACAUAUCAACAAACAAACUAAGAUAGUAAGCGUAGCAAUAACUGUUAAAUUUCGUUUCCAUACAAGUAGAAGAAUCGACAAUUAUUUCGAACGAAAACGGAAUCAAAAUAGGUAACAAACUAUGAUAAUUAAAUAACGUAAGAACAUUUACUAAUCGUAAAAAAGAAAAUAUUCCAUGAUUUUCGAUCAGGGAAACGAGAGACACGUUGUAUUUAUUUACAUUUUUACGUGACUGUUAAUCGGUACGCGGAAAGUUGAUAAGUUACAAUUUUUAUAUAAUUACGUAAACGUAAACGUAAAAUAACGCUGUUCCUGCAAUUUUUUCAUCGGACUGUGCCAUAAAGUAGUUAGAAUACUUGCUAAACGAAAUUCAAAAUUCAAAAUUCAAAAUUGUAUAUACGAGGUGUACGAUAGGUUCGCGUGUGUGAAAAAAUGAUUUCUACCUCGCACUGUUAUACGAGUCUUGAGAGAACGCUUUAGUGCCCGCUCGAUUGCCGAAGUCUCAAGUUCGCGUUCAAACACCUGUUCCAGGGAUUCCGGACAAUUACGAAUUGUCUGGCACGCGGAAAAAGUAUUUUUUUUAAGAACGCGUUAGCAAAAGUGUCUUUCAGGUAUCUUCCAAGCGGCAAUCGAGUCAACACUAUCGUACAUAUAUGUUCUAUUAAAUUAUUAAUUCUCGUUUUACAUUAAAGACUGAAGCAAUUCUUCUAUAUAUUUCUUUUACAUUUACAACGAAAACUAUAUUAUCCUAUACAUAUGUAGCAUAAUUGUAUAAAGAAAUAAAACUUUUGUUACAUAUUUUAUACGAUACUUAUUAUCAUUCUCUAUGUAAAAUGAUUUGAAAAUUAUGUAUACUCCGAUAAUUCGAAAAAAAAUAUAUAUUAUUAAAUAUUAACUCUACACCUCGAAUUAAUAUCUCCCUCUAAUAGUUCAUACAAUUAUUGUUUAUUCCUUCUAUUUAAGUACAAAAACGUAUGUGAUUUAACAUAUAAUAUAUAUAUAUAUAUACUUUUUUUUAUUAAAAUUUAUUUACUAUUUACACACGCAAUAUCUGUGUACAAUCGAAGAACGUAGAAAUAUUAAUAAAAACAUUGAAUAGAAUACUAUGUAUACUAAUUCACUAUACAGACGCGAUAUUUACA